AUGAGUCGUCACCGGCACCGUUCCUCAGAUACAUCAUCUAAACGCCAUAAGUCAUAUCAUAGUAGUUAUGAUCAUGAUAAAGAUUCUAAAUAUUCACGAGAAAGAGACAGAGAAAGUGGUUUAAGUAAAGAUAAAGAAAGAGAUAAAGAAAAAGAUAAAGAAAGAGAUAAAGAAAGGGAUAAAGAAAGAGAUAAAGAGAGGGAUAAAGAUAGAAAUAAAGGAAGAGAGAAAGAUAAAAAUAAAGAUCAUAAAGCUUAUGCAUCUAAGCCUUCACGUCAAGUAGAAGAACAAGUUAAAGAUGAUGAACAGGAACGUAUGCGUAUUAAACAGGAGAAAAUACAGCAAUUCCUACGGCAACGUGCUGCACGUGCAUCAACAGAAAUAAAUACAGCAUCAGUUACUUCAGAAACGCCUUCUGUAAAGAUACCAUCAAAAACAGUAGAUACAGAAAAAUCAUCAACUCUGACAUCAACGCUUAGCACUCAUGGUUCUAUUUCAGGAUUUGAGUUUUCUCGAGCAACAACUAAGAUGUCAUCUCAAACCAUAACACUUGAUGAUGAAGAGAAAAAACACAAAACACUUGCGGAAUCACUUGGAGAUGAUGGAAAUGCAGCAGAAGAAAAUACAAAACCAAUACGUGCAGAAGAUGAAGAUGAAGCUGAUCCAUUAGAUCUAUUCAUGCAGGGAAUGGAUGAAGUUAUUAAACGUGAUAUAGAAGAAAGAAAAGUGGAAAAUGAUAUAAGUCGAGAUUCUUUUUUGAAAAAUAAUGAUAGUGAUGAUGAUGAUGACGAAGACGAUGAUAAUAUAAAUGAUCCACGAGACAUAUUGGCUCUUGCACAGAAAAAGUUGAAAAAAAGAGAAUUGCCUAAUAUAGACCAUUCUAAAAUUCAAUAUGAACAUAUUCGUAAAAAUUUUUAUGUUGAGCCACAUGAAUUAGCUGAAAUGAGUGAAGAGAAAGUAAAUGAUUAUCGUUUAGAGUUGGAUGGGAUUAAAAUUAGGGGGCUUGGCUGUCCUAAGCCGGUUCAGAAUUGGAGUCAAUGUGGACUUCCUGCUCAUGUCUUAGAUAUUAUUUACCAUCUUAAUUAUCAGAAACCAACUGCUAUUCAAGCUCAAGCAAUUCCUGCUAUCAUGUCUGGGAGAGAUGUAAUUGGGGUUGCUAAGACAGGAAGUGGGAAAACAAUUGCAUUUCUCCUUCCAAUGUUUCGACAUAUUAAAGAUCAACGUCCUAUCGAUUCUUUAGAGGGUCCAAUUGCACUUAUUAUGACACCAACACGAGAAUUAGCUGUGCAAAUCCAUAAAGAGUGUAAACAUUUUUUGAAAGCAGUAUGUGCAUAUGGAGGUUCACCAAUCAAGGACCAAAUUGCAGAGCUUAAAAGAGGCGCAGAAAUUGUAGUAUGUACACCUGGUCGUAUUAUUGAUUUACUUGGAGCAAAUCAAGGACGUGUUACGAAUUUAAAAAGAACAUCAUAUAUUGUUCUUGAUGAAGCAGAUCGUAUGUUUGAUUUAGGCUUUGAACCUCAAGUUAUGAAAGUUGUUAACAACGUAAGACCAGACCGCCAAACUGUUUUGUUUUCCGCUACAUUUCCAAAACAAAUGGAUGCUCUUUCUCGGAAAAUUUUACAAAAACCUAUUGAGAUUACAGUGGGUGCACGUAGUGUUGUUGCUCCAGAAAUUCAGCAAAUUGUAGAAGUAUGUACUGAAGAUAAUAAGUUUAUUCGACUUCUUGAACUUCUUGGGAAUUUAUAUGUCAACGAUGAUGAUGUACGUACUUUAGUUUUUGUAGAUCGUCAAGAAGCUGCAGACAGUCUAUUGAGAGAUUUAAUGCGCCGUGGAUAUCCAUGUAUGUCUAUUCAUGGUGGAAAGGACCAGUUUGAUCGUGAUUCGACAAUUGCGGAUUUUAGAGCGGGAGUUUUUCCUAUUCUUAUCGCUACAUCUGUAGCAGCUCGAGGCUUAGACAUUAAACAAUUAAAGUUGGUCGUCAAUUAUGACUGUCCAAAUCAUUUAGAGGAUUAUGUUCAUCGAGUUGGAAGGACAGGUCGAGCAGGAGAGACUGGAACUGCUGUUACAUUCAUAACACCUGAACAAGAUCGCUAUGCUGCUGAUAUUGUUAGGGCUUUAAAAAUUAGCAAAGCUCAUAUUCCAGAAGAUGUUCAAAAAUUAGCAGAUGAAUUCAUAAAAAAAGUUAAGUUAGGUCAAGAAAAAGCAAGCGGAUCAGGAUUUGGUGGUAAAGGUCUUGAUAGACUUGAUAAGGAUAGAGACUUUGUUAGAAAAUUACAGAGAAGAGCCUAUGGAGAAGAAAGUGACGAAGAAAUAGAUAUUUUCGAUGACGAUUAUGAAUAUUCAAAAAUGGAUUCUAUUGAUACAGCAGAACAAACUAGCACGUCUCUUAAAUCUAGCCUUAAUAAUGAUCCAAAUGCAGCAUCUAUUACUCCUUCACAAACAAAUAAAGCGAAGGGGAACAUAACGGAUGAUAUAUUGGAGCGUGUACGUAAAGCAGCUGGUUCAGUUACUUCUCGAUUACAAGGGCAUUCACGUUCCGGUAUUACGAUUGAAUCAGGUCCACCAGAUUCAAGAGAAUAUACAGCUACAAUUGAAAUCAAUGAUUUCCCUCAAAAAGCACGAUGGGCUGUUACAAACCGCACAAAUAUUGCUCGAAUUAUUGAAUCAACAGGAACAUCUAUUACAAAUAAAGGUAACUGGUAUCCUCCUGGGAAGCCAGUGCCUCCUGGAGAGACAAAAUUGUAUAUUCUUGUUGAAGGAGAAACACAAAUAUCAGUAGAUCGAGCAUUACAUGAGCUUAAGCGUUUAUUAACAGAAGGAACUGUUUCGGCAUUGGAGAAUGAAAUACGUUCAGGUGUAACGGGAAGAUAUUCCGUUUUAUAA